AGAUCCGCAAUCUAACCACACCGUACCGGCGCGUCAAUUCGGCCGAUUUUGUCCACAGUGGAUCAUCGCGCAAGGAACAAAGUGGCCCAGGUGGUACCGGUUCCGGUGGUGGUCCGAAAGCCAACGAAGGAAGCAAGCUACAGACGACUCUUAGCGCACUGACCGCCGAAGAGCUCAAGAUCGUACGCUUCGCUCGGUCGCAGUACGAACGGCGAGGUGGUUUCGUGCGUAUCUUCCCGACAAGCGACAGUAUGACGCGGUACGGUUCGCUGCUGGAUCCGAUCACGGGCAUUCCGACCUCGGCCAUUACCUCGUCGAGCAGUGGCACCUAUCUGAUGAUCAUUCCGCACAACUACAACCAGAUGCUGCACGCCCAGCUGUUCCCGGCCGGCAGCGAAACCGAGAACCGCAUCGUACAUCGCAUCCAGAAGUACGAGCGAGCGCUCGAGAGCUCGCUGCCGAUCACGAUCGGGCCGAAGCACGCGGCCCCCAAGUGUUUGGACGAGGCGAAGCGGCUCCGGUUGCAGGUGCGUAAGCUGAUCGAGAAUGGGCACGAGAUGAGUAUACUGCAGGCUCGCCGUACGUUCGGCUACUAUCUGGAGUACAUUCUGAAGCGCCUUUCGUCCGAGCCGAAGCACAGCCACGAGGAGCUCAUCAUGAAGUUCCUGUACCGCGUCGGGGCGCACAUGAAGACACCGUUCUUCUUCCGUAACUUUGGCAAUAAGGCGCUGGGCAAGGAUCGGGGCGCGAUGGUGGCCAAGCAGCUCGGCGACUAUCUGCAUCUAUACAACAAGGAAACGGAGGCGUACGUCGACGUGUUCGACAUUGUUGGCAUGCUACCGAUCAAGCUGUUCGAGGAGUUUCUGCUGCAGGCGAGUGAAGCGGAUCUCGAGUCGGUACUGACACUGCACACCAACCUAACGCAACAGAUGCCCUUCCUGUACAGUGGUUGCUCGACGAGCGUACCACCGGCACCACCGAUUCCGGUCGGGGCGCAUGGAUUCCUAAAAGCUCUGCCCAGUAUGGCGCCCGGAGGUGCAAACAAGGAGUUGAUACGGCUCGAUCCGUUCUACCGACGGGCGGAAGGUCGUGUUCCACUCGCGACGCGCAUCGGUGGUGGUGGUGCCGGACUGUCGUCGAGUGACGGACGGGCUGCAGGCGGAGAGAUGAAAGGCCACCGGUCACCGAUGAAGAAGAAACCACCCAUCGGCGGCAUGGUGAAGUCAUCGCGAGAACGUGAACAGCGAUCCAAUUGGCUCUACUGAAGCUUAAUUUUGUGUUAAUAUUUAUUCCUUGUACUCGUCAUUACCAACUUACCUCUUGGUUUUUAGUCAAUUGUCCAGAUUGUUUCGGUGUUAGGCAGAGGAGUUGGUGUGUUUUUGAUUUCUGUUAAAUUAUGAACCUUUUGUAUCAGUGUAAGCUUGUAGGAACACCAUUUGGUCGAUGCUUUUUUGAUUAUUUUUAUUCGUUUGGUUUUUUGUGUUUCAUCUAUGUGUUGGAUAAGGAAAUUAUAUGUAAGUGCUUAAACACGGUGAUGUUACUAGGGAGAAUGGAGAGCUUUAGGUCGAUGCUGAGAGUGUAAAAAGCUGGUGUGUUUGGUUGUGUUAUGAUUUUCGAAACAACUCGCUAGGUUUGUAAGUGAAGAAUUAAGUUGCUUUAAAUAGUCUUGUUUCCAUCGUCUCCAUGUUGCUCCGCGUUUCCACUGGCUGCUCCGUGUAGCUGGAAGGCAGAAAACCCAAACAAGUCUAUCAGUAUUGUAACGCCAUAGUGCAAGUUACCCCGUGUCGAAUCGAAUCGCACAAGUAACCAAACAAAACACACACACGCGCACAUUACAAACAAUUACAGUAAAAAUCUAGUCAUUUAUCCCAAAAAAUAUGGAACCGAAAAUUAACGAAAAGCAAAGGAGUAACAAGUGAGGAAAAUACGAACACGAUGCUAGUGAAUGAUGAUGUGUUUGAUGCAGUGGUUGCCAUGGUGACUACGUUAGGAAUGCUAUUGCUGGUAUGAAUACGUGAGAUUUCCAUUGUGAUACAGCCUCCAUGGUAGAUCUAUUUUCGGAAAUGAGAGAAAACGGGAAGCAAAUCAAAUAACAAAAACAAAACAGAACGACGCUACAAACUAUCGCUACAAACGAGAAACGAAUCAACAACAAGCAACCCAUAUAAGCAACAACGUAAUCCGUCAAAUAAUGAAUCGAAAUCAAGUGCUUUUUCCCUUGCUCCAUUUUUCCGCAUUUGCAGUAAGGGUUUCAAACUUUUAAUACGCAUGUUCGCAACAACGCAUAUACAUAUUAGAGAUGAGGAACGGAGAAAUACUUAGGAAGCUUUUUCAACUACUAAAAUAAAUCAACGGAAAGUCAUGUUUACUCGAAGCAAUAGACAAACGGCGUUUGUCACUCUCAUCUUCAGUCCAAACUUCGCAAACUGUUGUACUAUGCUGAUCUGUUGGUUUAACAUCUCCAAAUGCUUGUAGCUAUAUAGAAGCUUUUUCAAACGUUUCAAUCCAUGCUUCAAAAAAUUUUUAGAAUUAAAUAAUAAUUACCUAAUAGAUGAGCUAUGAAUACAUGGAACGAGAAAAGCUUAUCGGGCUUGGAAAACAAUCUGCGGGACUCCACUGUAACGUGUACAGUUUACUGCGCCUCGAAUCGCUGGCUAACGAGAAGAUUGUGGAACGUGAAAGGCAACUGUUUGAAACACUAGUAUACUCAUGUUUGUAUUUUGUUUUUACCAAAAAUCAAUCCCUUUGGUUAGUGGUUCUUGCUAUUGCUAGACUAGCUCGCCCCUAUACCCAGGUGGCAGAAACUGCAAAGUUAAACAAUUCAAUUCGAUUCCACCACAGUUUUGCUACACGCCUGUGUAGCUCCGGUGGAACUCAGAGAUCACAAUCAGAGAGGCGUAAUAGUCCGUAAGUAGACAGUAGGAUAGUAGCUUCGCGUGCGCGCAGCGCACAAAUGGCGCUCUCCAUCCACAAUUAUCAUUGCGCGCGGUGAUUGUUGCUGCUUUGUGGUAGUAUUUUAAAUAACGAUGCACAACACGAUUUUUACAGUCCCUCUCCGCGGGGGUCGGAGAAAUGCAUGAUCAAGUGAUACACCAACUAAAGUUUGACGAAACAAAACAUAGUAGGCGUAAUAUUAAGCAGUAACAGUGACGGAACACUUUGUUGUAAGUUUGUUAAUCGACCAUUUACUCCGAUGCACAAAACCAAAAUAACAAAAGAAAAAGUAAGAGAAAAAAUGCUUAUAAUACAAAAUAAGUUCCAUAUCGGCAGUGAUACACGCCUGUUUGGAGGAUAGAGGGUCUCGCACCACUUUAGACCAAUCUGUUUUGUUGUACUAUCUCCCAAAUACUGCCGAUCGAUAUUCCUAGUACGUUUCCUAUUCGUAUGGUUUGUGCAAAUACUCGUUCUCCUGAAUGGCUGGGAGAAAAUUUGGUUUGCUGUCCACUUGGCAGAUUUGAGGUUCUUGUUGCUACCAAAUAAUCUUUAUGGGAAGCUUCGAAACAUGUGAGGCGUCCCGUUCAGCUAUGGUUCGAUCGGUAAGGAAAUGGAAUAUUCUCCGCAUAGACGCCACCUAAUGAUGCCUGCAAAACAGUGAAAGUCAAAUUGUAAAACAAACACAAAUCUUCUAUCUUUGAAAUUGUGGAGAAAAUAAAAUCUACAU